UGCUGUCUGCUGUUCUGCCGCAGCCCAACUCCUCCUAAGUUUGAGGUCUUCUGUUGCUGUAGCCCUAAUUUCAGAAUGAGCUGGUGGUGGGCUAGAUCUGUUGGCGCUCCAAAGAAGAAAUAUGAGGAAGAUCACGAAGCACCACGAAGCUACCAAAGCGUAGGCUUAGUGAUUGGUGUGACUGGCAUUGUGGGUAACAGUUUAGCCGAAAUCUUGCCACUCUUAGAUACCCCAGGUGGGCCUUGGAAAGUUUAUGGUGUGGCACGUCGUCCACGCCCAAAUUGGAACAAAGACUAUCCUGUUGAGUAUAUCCAAUGUGAUGUCUCUGACACAAAAGAAACCCAAACCAAACUUUCCCAACUCACCGAUGUGACACAUAUUUUCUAUGUAACAUGGGCUAGUCGGCCCACCGAAGCCCAAAAUUGUGAAACCAAUGGUACUAUGUUCCGCAAUGUUCUACGAGCAGUAAUUCCCCACACGCCAAACCUCAAACACAUUUGUCUUCAAACAGGUACCAAACACUACUUAGGACCCUUCGAAACCUUUGGCAAAAUCAAACCCCAUAUUCCACCUUUUACCGAGGACAUGCCCCGUUUAAAUGUGCCCAGUUUUUAUUACACUCAAGAAGAUAUUUUGGUCGAUGAAGUUAAGAAUAAAGAGGGGUUGACUUGGUCAGUCCAUAGGCCUACUACCAUAUUUGGGUUUUCACCUUAUAGUUUGAUGAAUAUAAUUGGCACGUUUUGUGUGUAUGCGGCUAUAUGUAAGCACGAGGGGCUUACUUUGAAAUUUCCUGGAAACAAAGAUGCUUGGGAAUAUUACUAUGUGACUUCUUCAGAUGCUGAUCUUAUUGCUGAGCAACAAAUUUGGGCUGUGGUGGAUCCUAAUGCAAGGAAUGAAGCAUUUAAUUGCAACAAUGGGGAUGUGUUUAAGUGGAAGGAUCUUUGGAAGGUGUUGGCUGAACAAUUUGGGAUUGAGAAUUAUGGGUUUAUGGAGGGUGAGAGAGUUACCUUGGUAGACUUGAUGAAGGAUAAAAGUCUAGUGUGGGAUGAGAUUGUGAGAGAGAAUCAGUUGCAGCCUACAAAGUUAGAGGAAGUUGGGGUUUGGUGGUUUGCGGAUAUGAUGUUGAAGGGAGGGGAUUGGGUGGAUAGUAUGAAUAAGAGCAAGGAGCAUGGAUUCUUGGGGUUUAGGAACUCUAAGGAUUCGAUGAUUACUUGGAUAGAUAAGAUGAAAACUUACAAGAUUGUGCCUUAAAAAGAAGGAAAUGUGAAUCCUUGUUAGAUACAAUUACUUGUAAUAAUGGAUUUUUUGCUGUUGUUUGAUAAAAUAACCAUGCGAUAGAAGCAUGAUUUAAAUCCUAUUUUUUAUUUGAGUUUUUAUUGUGGAAUUUUGUGGGGGUGUGAAAAUUUGCCUAUAACCCUUUUGUCGUAAAUUUUCCUGUACUAACGUGUAUGAUAUGUACAGUAAAAUGUAUUUGCCUAAUAAAAAAAGAAAAGAUUAGUUUA